GGUGGCACCUCUUCCCUCCUCCUCCUCCUCGCGUUAGUUCCGGUAGCAGAGGAGACACCGCCGCAGUUGCUGCCACCUCCGGGGUUUCUGGCUCUUUUCUCAUCGCCUUAAAUUCGGGUGUCUUUUAUGAAUAAUCAAAAGCAGCAAAAGCCAACGCUAUCAGGCCAGCGUUUUAAAACCAGAAAAAGAGAUGAAAAAGAGAGGUUUGACCCUACUCAGUUUCAAGACUGCAUUAUUCAAGGCUUAACUGAAACUGGUACUGAUUUGGAAGCAGUAGCAAAGUUUCUUGAUGCUUCUGGAGCAAAACUUGAUUACCGACGAUAUGCAGAAACACUCUUUGACAUUCUGGUGGCUGGCGGAAUGCUGGCCCCAGGUGGUACACUGGCAGAUGACAUGAUGCGUACAGAUGUCUGUGUGUUUGCAGCACAAGAAGACCUAGAGACCAUGCAAGCAUUUGCUCAGGUUUUUAACAAGUUAAUCAGGCGCUACAAAUACCUGGAGAAAGGUUUUGAAGAUGAAGUUAAAAAGCUGCUGCUGUUCUUAAAGGGUUUUUCAGAGUCGGAAAGGAACAAGCUGGCUAUGUUGACUGGUGUUCUUCUGGCUAAUGGAACACUUAAUGCAUCCAUUCUUAAUAGCCUUUACAAUGAGAAUUUGGUUAAAGAAGGGGUUUCAGCAGCUUUUGCUGUAAAGCUCUUUAAAUCAUGGAUAAAUGAAAAAGAUAUCAAUGCAGUAGCUGCAAGUCUUCGGAAAGUGAGCAUGGAUAACAGACUGAUGGAACUUUUUCCUGCCAAUAAACAAAGCGUUGAACACUUCACGAAGUAUUUUACUGAGGCAGGCUUGAAGGAGCUUUCAGAAUAUGUUCGGAAUCAGCAAACCAUAGGAGCUCGUAAGGAACUCCAGAAAGAACUUCAAGAACAGAUGUCCCGUGGUGAUCCAUUUAAGGAUAUAAUUUUGUAUGUCAAGGAAGAAAUGAAAAAAAACAACAUCCCAGAACCCGUUGUCAUUGGAAUAGUAUGGUCCAGCGUAAUGAGCACUGUGGAAUGGAACAAAAAAGAGGAGCUUGUAGCAGAGCAAGCCAUCAAGCACUUGAAGCAAUACAGCCCUCUACUUGCUGCCUUUACAACUCAAGGUCAGUCUGAGCUGACUCUGUUACUGAAGAUUCAGGAGUACUGCUAUGACAACAUUCAUUUCAUGAAAGCCUUCCAGAAAAUAGUGGUGCUUUUUUAUAAAGCUGAAGUUCUGAGUGAAGAACCCAUUCUAAAAUGGUAUAAAGAUGCACACGUUGCCAAGGGGAAGAGUGUCUUCCUUGAGCAAAUGAAAAAGUUUGUAGAGUGGCUCAAAAAUGCUGAAGAGGAAUCUGAGUCUGAAGCUGAAGAAGGUGACUGAAUUUUGAAACUACACCCUCAGUAAAGCAAACAGGAGUUGUAGAUAAAAUGUCAUGUCUCAUGUGUCCUGGUUCUUACAUCUUCCUACCUCCCUAUAUCAAGCAUGAUAUAAGGGCUUUCAUGGCAAAUUUUAUUUUAACUGUUUCUAUGGUUACUGGAAAUGUUGGAUUUAGUUUCUAAAACCAUGUUUUAGGUAGCUACAGGAGCUAUAGAUUUGAAUCUGAUGUUGCAUUAGUCUUUUCAGUUAUCUUCUACCUCCUGUAUUUUCUACUGUAAUAAUGUAAUUUAAGGCCUUCCACAAUGAACAGUUCACUUUAUUCCCUGGGUUUUCUAUAUAAACAGUUUUCAAGAUAUGAUUUGGUUAAAAAUAAUUUGUUAUAAGAAUUCUGUUUGCAAAUUAAACUGUAAAAGUA